AUGCGGGGGGGCCCAGGCGACGCGGAGCGGCGGCAGCGCUGGGGGCGCCUCUUCGAGGAGCUGGACAGUAACAAGGAUGGCCGCGUGGACGUGCACGAGUUGCGCCGGGGUCUGGCCCGACUGGGAGGGGGCGGCCCGGACCGCAGCAGCCAACAGGGCAUCUCCCCAGAGGACACUGACCCUGAGGGCGGGCUGGACCUGGAAGAGUUCUCACUCUACCUGCAAGAGCGAGAACAGCGCCUGCUGCUCAUGUUCCACAGCUUGGACCGGAACCAGGACGGUCACAUCGAUGCCUUGGAGAUCCAACAGAGUUUCCGGGCUUUGGGCAUUUCCAUCUCCCUGGAACAGGCAGAGAAGAUUCUGCACAGCAUGGACCGCGAUGGCACGAUGACCAUUGAUUGGCAGGAAUGGCGAGACCACUUCCUGCUUCACUCACUGGAGAACGUGGAGGACGUGGUCUAUUUCUGGAAGCAUUCCACGGUCCUAGACAUUGGUGAGUGCCUUACGGUGCCUGACGAGUUCUCGGAGCAGGAGAAGCAGACUGGCAUGUGGUGGAAGCAGCUGGUAGCAGGCGCGGUGGCUGGCGCCGUGUCUCGGACGGGCACAGCCCCCCUGGACCGCCUCAAGGUUUUCAUGCAGGUCCACGCCUCCAAGACCAACCGCUUAGACAUCCUGGGGGGUCUACGGAGCAUGGUCCGAGAGGGGGGCGUCCACUCCCUGUGGCGGGGAAACGGCAUUAACGUCCUUAAGAUCGCACCGGAGUCGGCGAUCAAGUUCAUGGCUUAUGAGCAGAUCAAGCGGGCUAUCCGGGGGCAGCAAGAGACACUACGUGUGCAAGAGCGCUUCGUGGCUGGUUCCCUGGCCGGCGCCACGGCCCAAACCAUCAUUUACCCCAUGGAGGUGCUGAAGACGAGGCUGACCCUGCGGCGGACAGGCCAGUACAAGGGGCUGCAGGACUGUGCCCGGCAGAUCCUGGAGCAGGAGGGGCCCCGAGCCUUCUACCGCGGCUACCUGCCCAAUGUGCUGGGCAUCAUCCCCUACGCAGGCAUCGACUUGGCCGUCUAUGAGACCCUGAAGAACCGGUGGCUACAGCAAUACAGCCAUAACUCGGCUGACCCAGGCAUUCUCGUGCUCCUGGCUUGUGGCACCAUCUCCAGCACGUGCGGCCAGAUUGCCAGCUACCCCCUGGCCUUGAUCCGGACUCGCAUGCAGGCGCAAGGUGAGAUGGAAGGCACCACCCAGCUCUCCAUGUUGGCCCUGCUGCGUCACAUCCUGUCCCAAGAGGGCGUGAGGGGCCUCUACCGGGGCAUUGCCCCCAACUUCAUGAAGGUUAUCCCCGCCGUGAGCAUUUCCUAUGUGGUCUACGAGAACAUGAAGCAGGCUCUGGGGGUCACGUCCAGGUGA